CGGAAGUCUGUUUAGCCUGCCUGCUGUUGUUGACACUGAGCACAAAUAGCUAUAUCAUUUGGUUGAUGUUCGUGUUUUAGACCACCUACGCUAAUUAACCGUUUAAGUCGUCAAGUUGAGUUGGUCUUAAUUUAACCUUUCGUUGUCUGGUUGUCAGUUUAGUCAGCGCUAACACGUGUAGCUUAGCGUCAUAGCUAGCAUCAGUAGCUAACCUCUAAGGCAGGAAGUUAGCUCAUUAAGACGCCAUGGAAAGAACAUUUAAGUUAAUCCAUUCAUAACAUUCAAUGGUAUACUUCGCCUGUCAGCUUUUAUUGUAGCUUUUGCGCCGCGAACUGGUCGGAACAACACUCAAACAAGAUGACUAUGGAGCUGGAUGUCUUCGUGGGUAACACCACUAUCAUGGAUGAAGAGGUUUACCAGCUCUGGUUGGAUGGAUACACAGUGUUCGAUGCAGUGAAGGUACGAAUAGACGGAGGAGUGAUGGAGGAGUGUGAGGCGAGUGCAGAUGUUCUGCUGAGUGACACCAUGGACCAGUACAGAACUUUCCAGAUGUGUGAGCGUCUGCUGCACAGUCCAUCUAAACUAGGCAACCAGCUGCUGUUUCAGAUCCCCCCCCAUCGACAAGCCAUGCUCAUCGAGAGAUACUAUACCUUCGAUGAUGCAUUUGUCCGUGAGGUCCUGGGAAAGAAACUCUCCAAAGGAACCAAGAAAGACUUGGAUGAUAUCAGUGCCAAGACAAGUGUGACACUGAAGAGCUGCAGACGACAGUUUGACAACUUCAAACGUGUUUUCAAAGUUGUGGAAGAGCUGAAGGGACCCCUGGUGGAGAACAUACGUCAGCACUUUCUUCUUUCUGACAAGCUUGCAAGGGAUUAUGCUGCCAUCGUUUUCUUUGCUAACAAUCGCUUUGAGACGGGGAAAAGAAAACUGCAUUAUCUCACGUUCCAGGACUUUGCGUUCUGUGCUGGGCAGCUUAUCAGCAACUGGACCGUUGGGGCAGUUGUUUCCUCUGUAGAUAGCAUGGUGGAAGACAUGGACGUGGAUCUGGAUAAAGAGUUCUUACAAGAUCUGAAAGAACUGAAGGUUUUAAUCACUGACAAAGAUCUGCUGGAUCAACACAAAAGUUUGGUGUGUACAGCUCUCAGAGGGAAGACUAAAGCUUUUACUGAGAUGGAGGCUAAUUUCAAGAAUAUUUCCAGGGGACUUGUCAACAUCGCCGCCAAGUUAACAAACACAAAAGAUGUCAGAGACUUCUUCCUUGAUCUUGUGGAGAAGUUUAUUGAGCCGUGUCGCUCAGACCGAUGGACAGCUGCGGACGUCAGACUCUACCUCACUCACUACACCAACUCUGCACACAUACUCGACACAUUCAAACACCAGGUUGUGUGGGACAGAUACAUGGGCGUCAUCAAAAGCUGUAUCUUCAAAAUGUAUCACGACUGAAGCGCUUUUUUUGAGGCUCGCCACGCCACUUCUCCCUGCUCUUCCCCCUCGACAAAGCCGUCGUUCGUGCUGUUUCCAUUUCUUUUUGUCAGCGGUGAUGAAUCCUACUUCUCAUGCCCCAUUAUCCCCAAAGAGUGUCUGUACAUUUGGUUUGUAAAUAAACUUAACAUAUAUACAUCAAAAUGUCAUACUGACUUGUUAUAAUUGAAUGUUC